AUGUUAGUAAUCUCCGUCCGUGCCCCAAGCCAGCUGCCAGGACUGGAGCUAACGGAGGAAAUUACCGAAUAUCCCCACCACGGAACGGGACAAGGGAAGCACUGCCUGACAUAUGUAAAGGGGCCUUACAAUCCUGUAUUGUAUUCAUGGAUAGUGCAGCAGCAGGUCUGUGACAUGGAGUUUGGCUGUAGAUACAUUUAUGUAGAUGAGUCCAAAGGUCAGAAUAAUGCACAGCCAGAAAGCCACCCGUAUCCAAGAACAUCCCCAGGAUCCCAGAAUGGGCACUGGGCACCCAACGUGAUAUAUAGUCAUGGAAACUACGGAGGUGAUGCUUUACUCAGUGAUGUGACUCCUUGGGGGUAUCUCAUCGGCCUAGGGCUCCACCGUGAAGAAUCUCUGAGCGGCAGUGUAAUCAUGAGUACUGUAUUGGACCCAGCUUUUUAUGACAACAUUAAUCAAGCAGACCCGCCCAGAAGAGAUCCAGCAGUUAAUGGGCUCCAACAUUGCACGCUCUCACCAGAACCCAAUAUAUAUGGCUUACGGCCAACAUCUCCCAAGCAGUUAGAAGGUCGCAAAACGCCACCACCUGUUCCACAACGAGGGAGAAAAUUCCCUGUGUCUCCGCCUCUAGUGCCUAAAGACUGCAGUCCGAAAUCUAAUGUAUACAUGGGAUUGCAACCAACUUCUCCAUUGAUGUUAGAUGGCAGGAAGACGCCUCCUCCUGUUCCAUGUCGCAAAAAAGUGUCUACAGACCCAGGAAUACCAACUCUCCCCAUGAGGAAUAGUAUGAAUUAUGUCGCCAACGGAGACCAAACUGAGCAGCCAACAAUCAUCAUCAGUUCUUCAGCACAAAACACUCCUCCGCCUGUCCCAGACCGCAAGACAAAAUCUUCAUUCUAUAAGCCAUCUGUGCCUAAAGACUGCAGUCCGAAAUCUAAUGUAUACAUGGGAUUGCAGCCAAAAUCUCCAGUGAUGUUAGAUGGCAGGAAGACGCCUCCGCCUGUUCCAUGUCGCAAAAAAUUGCCCACAAACCCAGGUGUGACUGAGCCUGAAGCACUUGUAUAUGAUUAUGCCACCUGUGAAGAGUCCAGACCUAAUGAUUUUCGGUUUUCAAGAAUAAUUCAAGGUGACCAGUCUUAUGUGGAUUUUCCAAACUGCAAUGCAAAACCUCCAGAACAUCAGAUGUCAGACCAAGCCGAGGGUACGACCAUAGAGCCAAAUGACCGAAGUUACUUGGACAUAUUGCCAGCUCUCCCCGCAGAACUGGAAAUGCAGGGAAAACCAGUGAAACCUCCAGAUCGUCCAAUGGCACCUUCACCUGCCCCCCCUGAGGAACGGUUGCCAGCAAACUGCAACAUUUUGCUUCUGAACAUAGGAAAGAUAGUUGAGGAUUCUGAAACUUAUAUCCAAGAACCCCCAUUACUCUGCAGUGGCUGCUCUGCUGCCUGCUCAAAGCUUAACCAUAUAACUGAUACCAAGACAUGGACUUGUGUUUUUUGUGCUGCUGAAAACCCCUUGCCUGAUGAUAAGACAUUUGUGAGCAGAGAAGUGGGAGAUGAGCUCUAUAUCUGGGAUUACCAAUCUGAGAAUGAGUACUCAUAUGCCGACCAUACCAUGAUAAUAUUCUGCAUAGAUAUAUCAGGGAGCAUGAGUGUGACCCUGGAGGUGACCCAAGACCAGAGCAAUGAUUAUAGUAUAUUCUACAAAACAAGAAUGGAGGCUGUUAAAUCUGCAUUGGAUCAAACUCUGGAUUUCCUUCAUGAGCAGCAUCCUCAAAAGAGAGUAGCACUUGUAACCUUCAGCGACCAGGUGAAGCUCUAUGGUGAUGGUACUCGAGAGCCACUGGUGCUGCAGGACGCUGAGCUUUUAGAUCCCGAUUAUCUGAAAUCACAGGGUGAAGCCCAAGCCAUGCCGCACCCCCUAAUAAAUACUCUGCACCCCCUGAAAGAAAAGGUUCAAUGUCUGGAAGAAACGGGAGCUACAGCGCUGGGGCCGGCAGCUCUGGUUUCAAUAGCAAUGGCUUCCAAGAGUCCAGGAUCAAAGGUGAUCAUAUGCACUGAUGGCAGAGCUAACACCGACCUAGGUAACCUGGAGGACAUUUCCGAUGAGUACGCUUACCAGUCCUCCAAGCUUUACUACAGUCAUUUGGGAGACCUGGCUCUUCAGCACAGUGUAGUUGUCUCUGUGGUUACAAUAGAAGGAACUAACUGCCGGUUGCCAGAGUUGGGACAACUAGCCGAUAAAACUGGAGGCAAGGUAAAUAUUGUACAUCCAUUAAAGUUGGCUAAUGAGUUCCAGUCUAUCAUAGAAGAAGAAAUUAUUGCUACUAAUGUGAAAUUGAAAGUUUUCCUGCCACAAACUAUGCAUUUCCUGUAUGAAGGGACUGAUGAGUCAGUGUUGGAAAAGACAUUUGGCAGCACAACAGCUGAUUCUGUCCUGUCUACAGAAUUUAAUGUCCAUUCAUCCAAGAUUAAAGAAGUGCUUCGAUACUCCCAGCUACCAAUACAAUUACACUUAUCUUACACACUCCCAGAUGGAAGGAGUAGACGACGGAUCCUCAGUGAGAAAAGGCCGGUCACCAAUGAUUGCUCUGCCGCUCUGGAGACCAUUGAUCUGAGUGUCUUGCAGACCCACAGUGUUCAGUUCAGUGCUCGUCUUGCAAUGGAAGGACAUGUGAAUGAAGCCAGGAAUGUGGCCCUGGAGAUGAAAGAAUUAAUAGACCUAGUAAUGAGACAUGAGAGGUAUGAGACUCCUGGAGUUGUGUACGAGGACUGGGAGAACUCCAUGGCUCCUAUCUAUGAAGACCUACAGGUGUAUAUGAAGGAGAAAACCUCAGAGGAAACUGGUCAGGAUAGCCAAAUAGAAAUUCCUGUUGUAAAGACUUUUUCUGAUGAAAUGGCCCAAAUGAUAUUUCACAUGAAGAGAGCCAAGAACAGAGUAUUGAAUAAACUAAGAAACUAGACGGAAUAAAACAGGGCAAUGAACUCUUGUACAGAACAUUGAAGAAUAUGGACCAGACACCUGGAUGUUUGGACAUUAUACAUAGUCUACACUUAGUCUAUUCAUGGAGAAAAGGCCACAAAACAGGCCAUGUAUAGUGAUAUCAUAAGAACAAUGCUGUAUAAAAGCUGAGCAGACCCAAUGGUUCAAGUAGAAGCAUCCACUGGGACCAUGCUGGAUGUCUCAGAAUUAGGACUGUCCUGAAUUUGGUAUAUAAGAAGUUAAAAAAAAAACAAGGAAAGAAUUAUUGAUGGAUUUUAUUGUUCAGUGUGAUAUUUGGUCCUUCGACAGUGACCUCAGUCCCCUCUAUUGUGUUACAUGGUUUAUAUUUAUUGUAUGUGUUUUAUAAAUGGGAUAUGGUGGCGUAAAAUACAAAGAAAUGAGAGAAUGUGUAUACAUAAAAUUUUAU